GAAUCUUGGGAGCAGCCAAAACGAUGUCCUUUGUCUCUCUGCUCUUGGUGGGCAUCCUGUUCCAUGCCGUCCAGGCCGAACAAUUAACAAAAUGUGAGUUGUUCCAGAGGCUGAAAGACCUGGAUGGCUAUGGAGGCGUCACUUUGCCUGAAUGGGUCUGUACCGUAUUUCAUACUAGUGGGUGUGACACACAAACCAUAGUAAAUUACAAUGACAGCACAGAAUAUGGACUUUUCCAGAUCAAUAAUAAAAUUUGGUGCAGAGACAACCAGAUCCCUCACUCAAGGGACAUCUGUGGCAUCUCCUGUGACAAGUUCCUGGAUGAUGACCUUACUGAUGACAUUAUGUGUGUCAAGAAGAUUCUGGAUAAUGUAGGAAUUAACUACUGGUUGGCCCAUAAAGCACUCUGUUUUGAGAAGCUGGAUCAGUGGCGCUGCGAGAAGUGGUGAACACCUGCUGUCUUUGCUGCUUCUGCCCUUUUUAUGUUCCUGGAUCUCCUCUCCCCUAUGGCUACCUCGUUUUGCUUCUUUGUACCCCCUUGAAGCUAAUUUGUCUCAGCCCUGAGCCCUGUAGUGACACCAUUGGGCUAUUGCAAGGACUGUUCUCCAGGGAUGAGUGACUGGUGCUCUGGACUUUUGACCCUUGCUCAGUGCCCCCAGUGGCACUUUCAUUACAACAGUGGAUUCUACCUCUAUCCUGAAUAAAGGGCCUGAUUUUGA